UAACGACAGUUGGGCGGCACGUCAUACAGGAAAAAUGGCGACCUUCGUAACGUGUUGAGGAGCGCUCGUUUCAGGGCCGUUUCGUUCACUUUUUCCACUCAGAAAGCUUCGGGUGUGCUGCGUUUGAAGCUAGUGGUCGCUGUGUUGGCGUGACGAUGGCCGGGAUACAGGACAAGGUCGCCAGGCUGCUGAGUAGGGAGAGGGGCAGGCCCGCCCUGAAGCCCACCAGGCCGCUGGUCCUGAAGGACGAGGUGUCCAACCGCAGGAUGAAGAGAGGGGAGGCCUCGUGUGUCACAGAAAUGUCUCUGCUGAUGGCUUGCUGGAAGCAACAUGAAUUCAACAACGCGCUCUGCUCCAGUGAAGUCUCAGCGUUCUACAGAUGUGUAGAAAAUGCGCAGACAGAGAGGAGGAACCAAGCAAAGAAUUUGGCCCUUGGCCAAGGAGGAAGACUGCUGCCAAAACAAGCCAACAAGCUACUGAAACGGCACCCCAACUUGACCAGAGAGAUCUAGAUCCAGCACUGUGGACAUACUCAAUCCACAGACGUCUUGCUGUGAGAGACAGGUGCCAGAACACGCUGUGAUUGAGGUGUAAAUCGGCAAACCUACACUGGCAAAAAGACAUUGAAGCAGUGGGUUUUUUUCCUGAGGAAUUAAAUCAUAAUUAAUCACACCAUCAACAGCAGCAGAUACUUGCUAAGUAAAGUACUUGAUCUGAAGCACAGGCUUGUGGACCCCCUCUAUUACUACAGUCAUUUGACACAUUUCUCAAAGGUAACUCUGUAAAGCAGUGCAUGACCAGCCUUGGUGUGGUUCCGAGUCUGCAAUCUCUGAAAGCUUGUUACUUGAAUAAAUUGUUUUAAAAUAUUA